AUGGUUUCUGCCGAUGCUAAGGCUGUCUCGGAUGCAGCCAAGACCGAGCGUGACAGUCAGAACACAGACCACCUCUUGUCUGUGACUGAGGAGGAUGAUCGCGAGUUGUUGAAGCUUGGCUAUCGUGCCGUUUUGGCGCGUGGUUGGGGUACUUUUGAUAACUUUGCUUGUUCGUUCUCGGCUUUGUAUUGUAUCGGUGGGAUUCGAGUUUUGUUCUACAUUGCCCUUAGCAAUGGAGGACCUGCUGCUUUAUGGAGCUCUUGGGUCUCGGGUAGUAUUCUAUCUAUUAUCACCGCUGCUUGUCUCGCUGAAGCGUGUUCUGCUUAUCCCGCGGCUGGCUCUAUCUACUACUGGGCUUUCAGGUCGUGGGGUGGUGGCCGUCUUGGACGAUUUGUCUCAUAUCUGAUCGCUGCUUGGACUCUCGUUGCAUGGACUGCUUUCUUGGCGAGUGAUUCGUUCGGUGUGGCCAACUAUCUUGUGUCAGAGAUUGUUAUUUUCAACCCAGAGACCAGCUUCCCCAUCAGCACCUCUGACGUGAAAGCUCGUGCCAUUGCUUGGGCUUUAUCGCUGGGCUUCCUAGCUCUGGCCACGGCGCUGAACUUCUUGCCGCCGCGCAUGUACGCCUGGGUCUUCCGUACGGGAUUCGCCGUCAUUGUUAUCGAUAUGCUGCUUAACUUCAUCUGGCUGCCGAUCGGCGUGUCGAGGACCUAUGGUUUCCAGUCCGCCGAGUUCGUCUUCACUUCCGAGUACAAUGGAGAAGGAACAGCUCCCAGCUUGAACUGGGUGCUGUCCUGGUUCCUCGUCUCGAGCUGUCUCGUCGGUGAAGAUGCCUCUGGUCACGUUGCGGAAGAGACCAUCUCGGCCAAGAAGGCUGCUGCCAAGGGUGUCUUCUGGUCGACCGUUGCCUCUGCUGCGUGUGGUUUCCCGAUCAUCAUCCUGUUCCUGUUUUGCAUGCCGUCUAUCGAGACUUUCUACGACACUACUGCGCCUCAGCCGUUCAUCAACAUGUACGCGCUCGCGCUUGGUCCCCAUGCUCACGUUGUUAUGACUAUCAUCUCGAUGAUCGGUGCCAUUCUCAACACCUCGAUCUCCCUGGUCGCCGUCUCACGUCUUGUUUUCGCCGUUGCCCGUGACGGUGUCUUCCCCUUCAGCGACGUUCUCUCGCGCGUCUCCAAGGACAAGCAGCCCCACAAUGCGGUCAUUUUCAUUGCCUCUAUUGCUGCACUUUUGCUUUGCACGCAGCUCCCAUCUCAGGUUGCUUUUGCCAGUCUGGUAUCGACUUCCGCUGCGGGAUCGAUCGCCGCUUACGGUCUCGUUGGAAUUGGUCGUGCGUUUAUUACACGGACGUCUUUCCGCCCUGGCUUCUGGGACAUGGGUCGGUUUGGAGUUGUGGCUGCCGUUGUCACGUUCAUUUGGAACACUUUCGCAUUCGCCGUGCUCUGUGCUCCUCAGUACUCCAACGCUGCGAUUGAUGAGGACUCGGGUCUGUUCAACUAUGCGAUUGUCAUCAUGGGCGGUGUCACCAUCAUCGCGGUGUUCGAGUGGUGGCGCAAGUCGAAGGACGAUUGGUUCCAGCACCUGAAGGUCAGCGAUUCGUCAUCGGAGACUGAGACCACCGUUGAGCAAGAUGUGACAAUCAACCCAUCUGGUAAGGAGGAGGUUGUUGUUGUCUAA